AAAAGUGAUCUAUAUAUGGGGAAAUCAAAUAUAGCAAUUUUUCAGACGGUAUAUGAUACAAAUAGAAUUAGCAUGAUGAUAUAUAGAUGAGUAGGGUUGUACAACACAGGCGAUAAAGAAAGUGGAGAAGAAUUUUUGGGCUUAUUUGUUAAUUGACACAGCUACUAUAUCAGAAUGCAAACAGUUAGCGAUUAUACCACUACAGGACAAUUCUAUACUAUAUUGACACCUGAAAAGGCUAUCAAUGAUGAUAAGGUCAUAGUAUUUCUCCAUGGUUUAGGUUCAUCUCAAAAUUUUCAUUAUCCAGUGGCAUUGGAAUUAUCUCAACAAUAUGUAUGUUUGUUAAUCGAUCAUGAAGGUGCUGCAAGUUCAAAGUUGAAUAAACCAUUAUUGACACUUGAAGAUUUAAGUAACAAUAUUGAACUCAUUCUUAAAGAGACAGGAUUAUCUGCUAAAAAGAUUAUAUUGGUUGGUCACUCAAUGUCAGGUAUGUUGAUUAACUAUAUCAAUAUCUUUAAUUCUGAAAAAUUCAAUAUUGUAGGAAAUGUUCUAAUUGGACCUGUGCAUCCAACCGAACAGGCAGCUGAUAUCUUUGAAAAGAGAAUAGAACUGUUAAAGGGUGCCAAGUCUUUGAAGGAAUUUUCCAAUGUUAUUCCAUUUGCGGCUACAGGAUCCGCAUGCAAUCCUUUGAAGAAAGCAUUCAUCAGACAAUUAAUCUUGAGUCAAACUGUCGAAGGUUACGUUGCUAACUGUGCAGCCAUUGUUAAUGCCAGAGAUUACGACUUCACGAACAAUUAUAAAUUAAUCAAGAAACCUACUUUAAUAAUUUAUGGAGAAGAAGAUAAAACAGCUCCAUGGGUUGGAGGUGUUGAAAUUAUAGAUAAAGCUAUAGUUAAUACUAAAGCUGUAGAAUUAAGUAAAGUUGGUCAUUGGAUUGUGAUUGAAUCCCCCGAUGAAGUUUAUCAACUCAUUAAUGAAUUCGUAAAAGAUAAGUAAUAGUUAAUAUGAGAAAUAGUACAGUGAUACACACAUGUAUUGUAAUUGUAAAUUUAAGUAAAUGAAAGACCUCUUUCA